GGUCAAUCAUCCGCGGGUGAAAGAAUGUCAAAAGUAGAGGAAAAAUCAACAAGUGAUUCCAGAGCGCGAACACAUUAACGCAUGAAUUAGCGAGCGGAAAAAAAAUCAAACAAAGAAGGAAAAAUUAUGAUGCAAAUUAAGGAUGCAAAUUAAGGAUGCAAAUUAGGGAUGCAAAAUAAGGAUGCAAAAUAAGGUGCGAUAUGAAGGCAUAGUCAAAAGCACGGCAAUACAGUAAGGCAAAAUAAUUGACGUAUGCAUACAUGUAUAUUUACAUACCCCCAAUGCAUACGCGCAAAUAUUUACUUGCAUAACCGAGCGAGGAUAUAAUACAGAGAGUACAGUUAGGUGCAGGAAAUUGAGAAAAAAGGCGAAAUAGCGAUAGAAAGAGGGAGUUACUAAGGAGUGAACGGCACGUACGGCACGAACGGGGACGUAGCAAAGAGUAACGAAGGGUAGCACUAGCGGAAGCGCAGUGAGAAGUACUAGGAGUGGCGCAACGAUCCGUACGCACACACACACAAGCGGACGCACACAGAGGAACUGACACGUUAUGGGCGCGCUGACCGGAAUAGAAGAGAAAAAAUAUAUGAUGAUAACACUGCAUAAGCAUUGCUUAAAGUAGUAGGGAAAAUAUAUUCUUCUUCCUUUUUUUGCCAUACAGUAUUUUCCCUUCGAUUAAUGUUUUUGCAUUGCCACUAUCUUAGGUCAAAAUGAGCAGAUCAGAGGACUUAGAUCCAGAUAUGCUUGCACUGUUGACGUGCGCAUUCGAUGAAGGAGUGAAAGUAAAAGGCGCAGUGGAAGUUGGAAAAAGAGCAGUGGAAUACUUUCGAGGAGAUGAAUUUGUACAUUUCCUUUACAGCAGAAGGGACAUGCUAAAAAAAAAGUUCCCAAGUUUACUGCAAAAUAGAACCCUUGCAGAUUUGAAAGAUAUAGAAGAAUUUGCAGAUACGUUUAUACAGAAGAGAUUUAUAUAUAAAGCGCAGUAUAAGCCAAUUAAGGGCAUAAACGAGAUCGACGAAAAUGGAAUGUAUAGGAGACCGAAAUGGCCAAGAAGGUUAAUAAUGUCUUCGAAACAGAAUUUUGAUAGGACAAGUUUUUACAUCUUAGUUCAUGAAAGAAAUAAAAAGUUACAAUAUUUGAUGUUAAUUACGUUGAUAUCGAUAGUGCUAAUUUGUUGUAUGUUUCCUAUCUGGCCCCUGAGAUUAAAAUUGGCCUUGUGGCACUUAUCUGUGGUGUUUAUAUCGCUUAUGUCUGUAAUUGUGUUUAUCAGAUUAUUCCUCUUUAUUUUCUUUUGGUUCUUUGGAGUUGAUUAUUGGUUGUUUCCCAAUUUGUUUGAUGAAGAAUGUAACGUUGUCGAAUCAUUUACUCCAGUUCAUCAAUGGAUUUACAGAAAUGACACUUGGCUUCUAGUCAUUGCAAGGAUGUUUACGGCUGUUUUGUUAGCCAUUGGUAUACACCAAUUAGGAAAAACUCAUUCCAUUUCAGACAUUCGUAACUUUGCUACACAAUCCUUUAUUGAUAUUAUAGAAUGGGGUAAUAAGAAGUUGGCUGCGUCUCCGGAGAAUGUGUCUAUGUAUAAGUCUUUGGACUCUAAGGCGACGUUCGAGAUGGAGUUCCAGGAUGAUGGGGUGGUGUAUGACGAGAACGAGGAGAACUACGACUGCUUGAAGGGGUGCGGCUUCCAGACGUUCGAGGAUCUCGUUCGCAAGUGUUUCCUCAAGUGCGAGUGUAUGGAGAAAGUUAUAAAGUCGGAGUGCUACAAGAAAAAGUGCUCACGGGUUACCAAGGAAGUUUUGGACGAAGCACACAAAGAAGCUUGCUUUGGGAAGAAGGACAAAUAGGCAUGUAGGGUAGAGGGAGACAGGAAAGGCUCAACAUGUUGGCAUCGGCACAUCGUGUCGAUAUUGUUAUUGGACUCAAUUUAUCAAACGUGUGGUGCAGUGUGCGUGUGUGUACUACCCCCGUGCAGGCGCCAGUAGCCCCUCGAGUCGUUCUCCAGGAACCAUUUUUUUUAACCAUUUUUCAUAAGUAGUUUUACGAAGUAGUAUGUCCCCCCCAUUAUGAAUUAAUCUGAUUUUAUAUUUGUUUCAUUUCGGUACAUUUUGUUGUAGCUAUUUCGCCCUAUUUCGCCCUAUUUCUCUCCUUUUUUUUCUUUUUUUUUUUUCGGCAGAGUUAUUGUGUAUAUCCCCUUUGAAUCCUUCCACGUUGUAUAAACUGCACCUUUACUGUCAUUUUAUCCUUUUGCAUUAUUACAUGAAGAGUUUUUAUGAAUGUUAAUUUUUUGUAUUUUAAAAUGUAUUACACGGGAAAAGAAAAAAAUUAUAUCUACUUUUUUUUUUGAUGGAAUUUGUGUUUUCCUUUUUUUUUAAAUAAAUUUUUAAAGGUUUUU